CAAAAGAACAAGUCGUCCGCGAUUCGGACAGCGCUUCUCCGGUCUGCUUCAAUGGGGCUCUGAAACUACGAGCAGUCAAUUAGAAAUGUACUGAUAUUUAUCCUGCGGCAUUGACCAAAAAGCGGUUUGCUGUUCACAGACAUUACCCGACUGCUCUCAACAAGCCGUCGAAAUGAUGCGCUUUAUGCUUCUGUUCAGCCGGCAGGGGAAGCUGCGCCUCCAGAAAUGGUACACAGCGACGGCUGAACGUGAUAAGAAAAAGAUGGUCCGAGAGCUCAUGCAGGUGGUGCUGGCCAGAAAACCCAAAAUGUGCAGCUUCCUGGAAUGGAGAGAUCUGAAGAUAGUCUACAAGAGGUACGCCAGUCUAUAUUUCUGCUGUGCGGUGGAGGAGCAGGACAAUGAGCUGAUUACCCUGGAGGUCAUCCAUCGCUUUGUGGAGCUGCUGGAUAAGUACUUUGGCAGUGUUUGUGAGCUUGACAUCAUUUUUAACUUUGAGAAGGCUUACUUUAUCCUGGACGAGUUUCUUAUGGGGGGAGAAAUUCAGGACACAUCCAAGAAGAGUGUACUCAAGGCCAUCGAACAGGCCGACCUGCUACAAGAGGAGGAUGAGUCACCCAGGAGCGUCCUAGAAGAGAUGGGACUGGCCUAGUACUAGUUUCCAUUGCAGUCAUGACAGAUGGUAAAUUUCGGUACUACUGCAACACACGAAGGGGAGUUUGCAAAUGGGUCCAAAUGGGUGGGUAGGUGGGGAAAACUUUGGUACUACUGAGAUCAGCAUGUGAUUGUAUUUCAAUUCCAACCUUUUUUUUGUCUUUUACAUUUUAAGUAAGUCUGCCUAGCUGGGAUGUCCUCUUUCUGUAGAAAGAGAGUUGCAGAUAGACAGUCGAAUUCAGCAAUCAGAAAACUAUUUAAAUAAAAAAAGGGGUUGAGCCUCAUUUUAACAACAGGUCAUGCAAUCUCAGCUUUUAUGUUUAUUUCCAAGAAUGAUUUAUUGUUACAUUUGAAUAAGUGACCUGCUUUGGAAAAGCUACCUGCUGUAGUAGAUGACCUUAAAAUUGAAUCUUCCUAAAUGCCAUUACAAUACAUCUACUGUAGCUGCUCAGGAAACUAUGACAUUGACCAUCCAGCCAUGUUUAUUUGUGUGAGAUGCAAAUAUUUGUACUUUAAAUUAAGUGCUAUCGCAGCAUAUAUGGACCAUAAGUAACUCUUUUAAUGUUUUUUUUCUAAUGGAUUGAUUUUAAGGAUAUAUUCACCAGACAGGUGGAAUAUUAAGUAGACCUUUUUAAAUGGCUUCAAUAUUGAAUGGGCUAUUUUGUGUGCUCAGUUUCCUGUUUUGUUCCUUGAGCCACAGUAAUGAAUGUGUAUUUAACUUCGAGAACCAAUUAUCAACACACAAAAUGGCACUGAAGCUCUUUCCUGUUUAUCUUGGUCUACAUCCUGCUUUUCCAAAGAUGUGUUUCUGACUGUAAGCGUGGAGUUGGAGUUGUAAUAAAUAAGCGAGUAUUUGUAGCUUGUUUCUGAAAAUUAAAAGAGGGCUUUGAUAUUAAGUGUGAUGCAUUUACAUAGCUUUUUAAACGUGGUGUGAAAUAAGGGAAUAUUUUGAGAUGAACUGUUUCUUUCCUUUUUUAAAAACCUGAUCAAUUCAGCAUGAGGGCAUGUUUCUACCUGUGUAAGAUCUGUCAGGUAACCAAAACAGAAUUACGUGUGAAUGUAAUUUUAUAUAUAAUAAAACACAAUUUUAGCCUAAA